AUGCACGGAAUGGGCGCAGGUCACGGCAUGGCCAUGAUGCCACACACUAAUGCAACGGAAAAUGAACAGGCCGUUGUUCACAAGUUGAUGUGCCAUCGCCAAGGGGGCGAGAACGAGUCUUUUGCAAAGCGGGCGAUCGAGUCCCUCGUUAAGAAGCUGAAAGAUAAAAAAGAGGAGCAAGAUAGUCUGAUCCGAGCCAUCACAUCAAACGGAGGCUCUCAGACUGGCUGUGUGACGAUUCAAAGAACUUUGGAUGGUCGACUUCAAGUGGCUGGGCGAAAGGGCUUUCCGCACAUAAUCUACUCUAAGCUGUGGAGAUUUCCAGAUCUACACAAAAACGAGCUGAGAAACAUCCCAACCUGCCAAUUCGCCUACGAUCUCAAGUUGGACAUGGUCUGCGUGAACCCAUUUCAUUAUGAAAGAAUCGUUCAAGGAUCAGAUAUGAAUCGUUGCAACAUCUCCCUGGCUGGUCCAGGCGGGAUCAAAUUGUCUGAUCCACUGGCUCAUCAUCAGAAGACGGGCGACGAGAUGAUACCACAAAAGAGAAUAGAUCACCGUCCAUGUGACAUCCGACAAAAUGACCCUCGAUUCGACAAGAGUGUGUCUUGCUUCAGCAACUUCAACAACUACCCAAACGGAUAUUACUCGCAAAGUAGGCGGAAUCUGGAGCAUUCGAUCCCUCAACCUGGCGAUUGGUGCACGAUUACAUAUUACGAAGGAACAAAUUUGAUUUACAAGUUAUAA